CUGGGAAGCCAUUUUGGGAUUCUGCAGUGUGGAACAGAAAGAAUGCGCUGUCAACUCUCAAACUUCUUUUGAGUUAUUGGGCAGGAGAUCGCCCCGUCCUGGAACACAAUGCUGAAUUAAACUAUUCUUCCUUCCUUCUCUGUGGGAUGAAUGAUGCUGCAUUUUGAAAAGAUCCAGGUUUGAAGGUGUACCUCUGCUGCUGUUUUCUGACCAGUUGUUAUGAUUUGAAACAGUGACCAUGGAUUUUUCACGUCUUCACACGUAUACCCCUCCCCAAUGCGUGCCAGAGAACACUGGCUAUACUUAUGCACUCAGUUCAAGCUACUCAUCAACUGCUCUAGAUUUUGAGACUGAACACAAACUGGACCCUGUGUUUGACUCCCCAAGAAUGUCAAGGCGCAGCUUACGUUUGUCUGCUGUAACAUAUAACACACCUGAGGAUACACACAAUGAAGGCAUCUUUGGUGGUGGCAGAGGCUCCUAUGGCGGGAAAAAGGCAUUUGCAGACCAGUCAACUAAGUUUGUAAAGCAGCGUAAAAGUGUGGUGAAACAGUCUGGCUCUGUAAGACAUACCCCAAGAAAAAGUGUGCCCAGCUCUUCCAGUUUUAGCCACAGUAGUUUCAGUAGCCACACAAGUGAUGGCUCUUUAAUGUCAACCAUAUUGGAUGAGUCUUCAAUACAGGAGCAGACAGCUGUUGACCAUUUUUGGGGUCUUGAUGAUGAUGGUGAUCUCAAAGGUGGAGACACUACAGUGAUUCAGGGCAAUGGUGACUUAGCAACAGCUGAGAACCAGACAACACUGAGCAAUGGGUAUACCUGCAGUGACUGCAGCAUGCUUUCUGAGCGGAAGGAGGUCCUCACAGCAUACUCGGCUGCUCGCAUGCCAUCCUCAAGAAUUUACUCCAGGGAUCGAAGCCAAAAACACAAGUCUAGGGGCCUCCCUUUCUACACAAAUCAGAUUCUGCGAGCAGCCAAAUAUACCACAACAUCUUUUUCAUCACUCAUAGUGCAGUUAUUUCAAAUGAUCUUGCUGAAGCUGGGCUAUGACUGUAAAGCUCACUCUAGCUACUGUGGAAGCAUGAAUGUAAAAGAAUUUCUCAGGGAAGAUGGCCACCUGGGUAUGAAUGGAGAAUCAAUGUGUGAUGACUGUAAGGGGAAGAAACACCUUGAAACACACACAACAGCCCACAUGCAAUCCUCAAGGUCUAAAAGAGUAGCAAGGACCAUUUGGCACAUCUUUUCUUACACAGGUUACUUCUUGCUACAUAUGUUACAAAGAAUGGGAACAGCAGGAUGGUUUGUGUCCAGGAAGAUUAUGUCACUCCUUUGGCUAGCUGUUGUGUCUCCAGGGAAGGCAGCUGCAGGAGUGUUCUGGUGGCUUGGGACUGGAUGGUAUCAACUUGUUACUCUGAUUUCUUUGCUGAAUGUGUUCCUUCUUACAAGAUGCCUUCCAAAGAUAUUCAGACUGCUGUUGUUUCUCCUCCCGCUAUUGCUGUUGCUAGGAUUAUGGCACUGGGGUACCGAAGGUUUCCUUUCGUUAUUGCCAGCUUUGAAUUGGACGGGCAUACACAGAAUACACAGCUGGGAAGAUUCUGCAAAUAUCAUUGAGCCUCAGCCUGAUGACUCUUAUGCUCUUCCAUACCCUGAUGAAACUAUGAAGGUAUUUGAUGCAGAUCGUGUGAUAGAGCUGGAAAAGAAAAUGGCCUUUAUGUCUAAGAGAUGGCAUCAUCGGGAUGAAGAAUAUAGUAAAGUGCUACUUCUUCUGCAAAGCCUUCAAGAUCAAGUUACCCAGAUGAAUGACAAAAGUGAAAUGCUGACACUCAUUAAAAACGUGGUGGGCCAGCAUAUUAAAGAAAUGAAACCUGAUGAAACGCUACACCCAGCGCGUGACUUUCUGACCUUGCACCAAGAACAUGAAUGGCGCAUUGUAGCUUUAGAAGAUCUCCUUGCAAAACUCUCAGAAAAAUCGGAGGGACUUCAGAAGGAACUUGAGCUAACCAAAGCACAAAAAAUGAGUGACACUGAUGAACAAAACAGGCAUCUGUUAUCCAAGAUUAAACACCUAGAACUUGAGUUAGGUCAUAUGAAAUCAGAACUGCUAAGUUCACAGGGUUUGAAAACUUGCUGUGACAGAAUGGAUACCCUUCAUGAAAAGGUAGAUACCCAAGUUAAAGAAUCAGUCAAGAUCAUGCUUUUUGGCAACCAACAAGGAGACUUGCCAGAAUCACUGCUUCAGUGGCUAACAUCCAAAUUUGUGAGCAAGAGUGACUUGCAAAAUUUGUUACAAGAUCUGGAGUUGCAGAUCCUCAAGAACAUAACUCUCCACAUGUCUGUCGCAAAUACAAAGUCAACUUCAGAGGUAGUAACGAGCGUUGUGAAUGAGGCUGGGAUUUCAGGCAUCACAGAAGCACAAGCACGCAUUAUUGUCAAUAACGCACUGAAGCUCUUUUCACAAGACAAGACUGGCAUGGUUGACUUUGCCUUGGAAUCUGGAGGUGGCAGUAUUUUGAGUACUCGCUGUUCAGAGACAUACGAAACCAAAACAGCUCUAAUUAGUCUCUUUGGAAUUCCAUUGUGGUACUUCUCUCAAUCUCCUCGUGUAGUGAUCCAGCCUGACAUGUAUCCUGGAAACUGCUGGGCUUUCAAAGGAUCACAGGGAUACCUGGUUGUCAGGCUUUCCAUGAUGAUCUACCCUACAGCCUUCACCCUGGAACACAUACCAAAAACACUUUCACCAACAGGCAAUAUUACCAGUGCUCCAAAGGAUUUUUCAGUAUAUGGUCUUGAAAGUGAGUAUGAACAAGAGGGCGAACUUCUUGGGCAAUAUAUUUAUGAUCAAGAUGGAGAGCCAUUACAGAUGUUUCAAGUAACGGAGACAACUGAAAAACCAUUCCAGAUAGUGGAGCUAAGAAUUUUUUCUAACUGGGGCCAUACAGAGUACACUUGCCUCUAUCGGUUUAGAGUGCAUGGAAGACCUGCUGAAUGAAUCCUAUGUACCCUUUCCUACUUCUUGAUGUAUAUUUUUUCUGUUUAUAUGUAUAUAAAGGGAAAGCCUGGAACACUGGAAUUCUUAAAAGAUACGUGAUGGGCUGCAGGUUCCAAGUUCUUGGCUAAGUAUAGAAGACUGCCAACAGAAUUGUAUAUCAAACCAAAUGGUUAUUUGCUCGGAUGCUCAGCUUGUACCUUCCAGACAGCUUUAUAUUUUUAACGUGUUCAUUCUAAGAAAAAUAUUGCAUGCCAACCGCUCUCAUUUGCAAAACUCAGUUAACAGGCUAGUAAAUAUCUAUUUUAUUACUUUGCAAAAUAAGCUUUUUAAAACUUCUUUUUUUGGCAGCUAGGAAUCUGUUUUCAUUGUGGGGGCUCACCUUCCCCACAUAUAUGAUUUUUAAAAAACGACCGUGGAUGCAGUCUACCAUGUUCUGCAGCUAAAUAGUUUCCAGUCACUUGGACGGGGUUUGCAUGUGGUUCCAGCACAAGCCCUCUUUAAGGGAUGGAGACUGUGUGGCACCAGUAGUUGCUGCAUUGCCUUUUGGCCACAACCUCCCAGACCUGGUGCCACUUCACAUACUUUAAAUUCUCAGCAGGAUUUGACACCAGUGUUGUGUUUUUGAGGGAAAGGUUCUGAUUUCAUCUGGAAUUGUCUAAGAACAUCUUGCUAAAAGACACAUUUGGUAAGAAUAUGUUUUAAUGUUACAGAUAGGAAAGGAAUAGAGCCAGAAGUCUAUUCAGACUGGUAACCAAACUGGAAAAACAAAAGAAAAAAGCAUCAUUAACAGGUGUUUUAAACAUAAAUGGGUUUAAAUUUUGAUUUUUUAAUAACUUUCCUUUUAAGCAAGUUGAUGGUUACAGUAGCUAAUAGCAGUUGAAUGAAUUAGAAGGUUUCCAUGAGUGUUAAGUACAAAUUUGGCCAAGCUUUUCAGCGUAAUAUCAACAGAAGUAUAUGCUGAAUAAAGGAGGAAGAGGUCUCAUCAAUAAGAAAUGGCCUGAACAGGAUUGAAUUAGAAUGGCUUACAAGAGUAGAUGCUGAAAGAUGAGAAAUAAUAAGGAAGUAGAAGUGGAACCAGAAUUAAAAGGAUGAUGCCAGAAAUGCUAAACCUCAGAUGAGGUAACCUGUAACCAUGUUUCAUCCCUGGGGCUUAUUCAUACAUUCUCUUUUGUGUAGUUAAAUAUCCCAAGCCUCACUGGGUAUUCUGGGGUUGCUGCUAAUCUCUGGAAAGCCAGAGGAAACUUCACAAGAUUGAAUGUUGUUGAAACCUCAGGGGCAAAGUUUUGACAACACUUCUCCCAAAACAACUGUUU